CCCGGCCGGCCCAGGCCCGCGCCCGCCGCGGCCUCGAGAGGCCCCGAGAGGCCCCGGCCGGGCGGCGGCGGCCAUGGCCGGGGGGCCGGGCCCGGGGGAGCCCGCGGCCCCCGGCGCGCAGCACUUCUUGUAUGAGGUGCCGCCCUGGGUCAUGUGCCGCUUCUACAAAGUGAUGGACGCCCUAGAGCCCGCCGACUGGUGCCAGUUCGCGGCCCUGAUCGUACGGGACCAGACCGAGCUGAGGCUGUGCGAGCGCUCUGGACAGCGCACAGCCAGCGUACUGUGGCCCUGGAUCAACCGCAAUGCCCGCGUGGCCGACCUCGUGCACAUCCUCACGCACCUGCAGCUGCUGCGGGCGCGCGACAUCAUCACAGCCUGGCACCCUCCUGCCCCCCUUCCGCCCCCCAGCACCACUGCUCCGAGGCCCAGCAGCAUCUCAGCACCUGAGGAGGCAGAGACCUGCACUCCCCGGAAGUUACCAUCCUCAGUCUCCACCCUCCCCUCCCCAGCUCUUCCAGGCUCCCAGACCCAUUCAGGGCCUGAGCUUGGCCUGGUCCCUAGCCCUGCUUCCCUCCAGCCACCACCACCAUCACCAGCUCCUUCCUCUACCAAGCCAAGCUCAAAGAGCCCAGUGUCCCUCCUGCAGGGGGCCCAUGCCUCUCCAUUCUGCUGGCCCCUCUAUGAGAUUUCCCAGGGCACCCACAACUUCUCAGAGGAGCUGAAGAUUGGGGAGGGCGGCUUUGGGCGCGUGUACCGGGCAGUGAUGCGGAACACGGUGUAUGCGGUCAAGAGGCUGAAGGAGGAGGCUGACCUGGAGUGGACUGCAGUAAGGCAGAGCUUCCUGACUGAGGUGGAACAACUGUCCAGGUUUCGUCACCCAAACAUUGUGGACUUUGCUGGCUACUGUGCUCAGAAUGGCUUCUACUGCCUUGUGUAUGGUUUCCUGCCCAAUGGAUCCCUGGAAGACCGUCUCCACUUCCAGACCCAGGCCUGCCCCCCUCUCUCCUGGCCUCAGCGACUAGACGUCCUUCUGGGCACAGCUCGGGCAAUUCAGUUCUUACAUCGGGACAUCCCCAGCCUCAUUCAUGGAGACAUCAAGAGUUCCAACGUCCUUCUGGAUGAGAGACUGAUACCCAAACUGGGAGACUUUGGCCUGGCCCGAUUCAGCCGCUUUGCAGGGGCCAACCCUAGCCAGAGCAGCACGGUGGCCCGAACACAGACGGUGCGGGGCACCCUGGCUUACCUGCCUGAGGAAUACAUCAAGACAGGGAGACUGGCUGUGGACACUGAUACCUUCAGCUUUGGGGUGGUGGUGCUGGAGACACUGACUGGCCAAAGGGCUGUGAAGAUGUACGGGGCCAGGGCCAAGUAUCUGAAAGACCUGGUUGAAGAGGAAGCAGAGGAGGCCGGGGUGACCCUGAAAAGUACCCAGAGCACACUGCAAACAGGUCUGGCAGCAGAUGCUUGGGCUGUACCAAUCUCUACCCAGAUCUACAAGAAGCACCUGGAUACCAGGCCUGGACCGUGCCUGCCUGAACUGGGCUUGGGGCUGGGGCAGCUGGCUUGUUGCUGCCUGCACCGCCGGGCCAAGAAGAGGCCCCCCAUGACCCAGGUGUACGAGAGGCUGGAGAGGCUGCAGGCAGCAGCAGGGCUGCCUAAACAGCCAGAGGCCACGAGUUGCAUCCCCCCUUCCCCACAGGAGAACUCCUACAUGUCUACUGCUACCAGUGCCCGGAGUGCGGGUACCCCUUGGCAGCCCCUGGUAGUGCCACCAGGAACACCAGCCCAGGUUACAGAGCAGCUCCAGAAAGGCCCCAACCAGCCCGUGGAGAGCGACGAGAGUGUAUACGGCCUCUCUGCUGCCCUGCACUCCUGGCACUUGACCCCAAGCUGUUCUCCAGGCCCAGCACCCCUCAGGGAGGCUGGCUGUACUCAGGGGGACACUGCUGGAGAGUCAAGCUGGGGCAGUGGCCCAGGGCUCCGGCCCACAGUCAUGGAAGGAUCACCCCUGGGCAGCUCUAUGUCAUCGGAGCCACCACAGAUUGUUAUCAACCCAGCCCGACAGAAGAUGGUGCAGAAGCUGGCCCUGUAUGAAGAUGGGGUCCUGGACAGCCUCCAGCUGCUAUCAUCGAGCUCCCUCCCAGGCUUGGGCCUGGAACAGGAAAACAGGCAGGGGCCGGAAGAGAGUGAUGAAUUUCAGAGCUGAUUUGUUCACCUGGGCAGAUCCCUCAAACCCGGAAGUCAAAGUUCUCAUGGUCAAAAGUUCUCAUGGUGGUUGAACCCUCAUCAGCCUGCAGGCAAUGGGGUGGGACCUUAUCAGGAGAGAAAGCUGUCACCCAUGUUGUCCUAAGGGUGUGCACACAGGCAUGACCUAGGACCAGCUUGCCAGGUUCAGUGGAACCCGCUAAUAGGGCAGGACAUCUCAGAGACCUGCCAUUGGUUCAGUAUUCUGGGGUUGGGGGAAGUACAUGUCAAAGGCUGCUGGCUGCACAGGCCAGGGGAAGAGUGCAGUGGGCCACUGGGCUGUGGGAUGCCACAGGGAGCCAGUUCAUCUUCGAGGCAGGCAGGGUGUCUGUGGCCCAGGUCUGUAGCAACUGCCUUUUGCCCAUUGCUUUGGACUUUUCUAAAGUCCUGAAGAGAAAGUAGCCACUCUGCACAGAAAUAGAUGAGGGCCAGAGCCCUCCCAUAUGCUUAUAAUUUGGAAAAGUGAAGUAUGACUGUCUUGUGGUCCUGUGGUUCAGUCCACAGCAAGCAGUGAAAAGUUCUGUGAUCCCCCAGAAAGUCUAGCAAGACAUCCCCUCAGGCCAGUGUCUAUAGCUUUACUGGAGACCUGUGAGCUAGCUUAGUAUGAUUUACCUGCUAGCCAGGGCACCACUGAGUGCUACAGAUAGGCCCCAAGCCAGGUCGGGCAGGCUUUAGAGGCCACAUGCUUAGACUCAGGCCCAGGUACUGGUUGUGUCCAGCUAGGCCCAAGCCACAUGUUACCUAGACAAUAAGAAGCCCCAAGAAGGGGUGGUGCCUGUGGCUCAGUGAGCAGGGCACUGGCCCCAUAUACUGAGGGUGGCAGGCACUUAUAGUCCCAGCUACUCGGGAGGCUGAGA